UGUUUAAAUCAUUUACGGCUUUGACGUAUCUUAACGCAGUAUUUUGCAAACAUCUUUUUCCCGCGACACAACGCUAUAGUUGUUUUUGUUUUCGUCUAGUGUUAUGUUAUCUUAGGUUAUUUUUCGUCUAGUGUUAUGUUAUCUUAGUUUAUAAGACUCAUUUCUUUUUUUAAGACAAAAGGUGGAAGUAAAGAGGCUACAGUCACUAAGGUGCUCUGUAAUGGACAGGACUCGGGACCAUGUCAGUUGAAAAGGGGACAGACGCUUCACUGGAGAUAGAUUUUACUUCAAAAACAAGCCAAUCACAGCUAUCCACCGUCGUUCACGGUGUUUUGAGUGGAGUUCCAGUUCCCUUUUCUAUUCCUGAUGCCAACGCUUGCAACGGCAUUGUGGAGAAAUGUCCCAUCUCGCCUAAUAACAACUACACCUUUAAGGCCAGCAUGCCUGUAAAGAGUAUCUAUCCUUCGCUCCGGCUUGUAGUGCGAUAUGAGAUCCAAGACCCAUCUGGGACGGACGUCAUCUGCAUUGAGUUUCCGGCUGCAAUCGUCAGCUAGUGAUACCGCAGAAACGUUUGAAAAGUUGCUUGAAUAGUUGCCACCAUUUUUUAACACUGUAAAAAAGAAAAACAACAACACAUCCGUAUUGUAUAAUUAAUCAAUGAACCAUUUAAGAGUAUAGUUUCACCAUUUAAAUUGUAUUAUAUUUAUUAUUAUUAUUAAUUAUUGUAUUAUAUUUAUUAUAUUGCUACCAGUGUUGUAAGAAGUCAUAUUUAGAAGAUCAUAUACACAUAGUGCAAAUGCUAGUAACCCAUCAAACAUUUUCGAUUAUACCAUAUGAGAUUGUCUAAGUACCUGCAAAACGCUAAGUAUUGCUCUUGUAUGUGUUUAUUGAUCCUUCACAGUGAUUAUAAUGGAUGUUUAACCCAUUUAUGCCUAGUGGACUCUCCCAUCCUUCUAAAUUGGAUCAAUUUAUUUCCAAAAUUAGGUAUGUCUAGUAUAUUUAUUUCUAUAUUUAUAAUAUUUCAUACAGAAAUUCUUUUGAGCAAACAGCGCAGACCCUGAUUAGACGCCGCAUCAUGCGGCGUCUCAUCUGGGUCUACGCUGUUUGCCAAGGCCUUUUUCUAGACGCUAGGCAUAAAUGGGUUAAGUUGUAAUGUAUUGUAUAUCUCAGGUUGUUUGAUCUGCUGUGUAUUCCACUUUCCCUUAACGUUUCCUGUAGAGCUAUAUGGUGCAUUAUUAUGCCAGCUUAGAUGAUUUGACAAGUAUUUGAAUACAGAUUGGUAAGCUGUUGUCUUUUAAACUUUGAAAGCAGUCUGUUGCUGACCUAAAAUCGGAAUGUUUUGCAUGAAUACUUUAUUACACGCGUGUGUUCUCUAUGUUCUGAUUGUUUUAAACAAAUGAGCGUAUUAAGGAUAAAACCUUGUAUUUCAUUGUGCAUGUAUUUCAUAAUUCAAUAUAUAGGUGAUCCGGAAAACCUAGACUAUAUACAACCUUAAAGCGAGAUUAUACGAGCCCCGAGCCGAUUGUGACAAAGAUAUUUCGUACAUAUUUUCCUACAAUAACCGAAGCAUUCGUCUUUUUAUUUAGUGUUCUUGUGUAGUAUGAAUAUAUAUUGUUGCAGGAAGUUUAAAUGAACCGUUAAACUAAAUUUAGAUUCACAUCGUACAUGCAUAAUUUACAUGCUGGCAAGUUCGACUGUACAGACAUUUUCGGUUUCAGAAUUUAAUAUCUGGCUUAUUUCGCAUUUUUCGGCAUAUGUUCUUCUUAACUUUUAUUUCCCCUCUUCGAAGAAGAUGAGGUAUAUUGUUUUGCACAUGUCGGUCCGUAUGUCCGUCCGUCCACCAGAUAGUUUCCGGAUGAUAACUCAAGAACGCUUAGGCCUAGGAUCAUGAAACUUCAUAGGUAUAUUGAUCAUGACUCGCAGAUGAACCCUAUUGAUUUUGAGGUCACUAGAUCAAAGGUCAAGGUCACGGUGACCCGAAAUAGUAAAAUGGUUUCCGGAUGAUAACUCAAGAACGCUUAUGCCUAGGAUCAUGGCACUUCAUAGGUACAUUGAUCAUGACUCGCAGAUGACCCCUAUUGAUUUUGAGGUCACCAGGUCAAAGGUCAAGGUCACGGUGACCCGAAAUUGUAAAAUGGUUUCCGGAUGAUAAAUCAAGAACUCUUAUGCCUAGGAUCAUGAAACUUCAUAGGUACAUAGAUCAUGACUCGCAGAUGACCUCUAUUGAUUUUCAGGUCAAAGGUCAAGGUCACAGUGACCCGAAAUAGUAAAAUGGUUUCCGGAUGAUUACUCAAGAACGCUUAUGCCUAGGAUCAUGAAACUUCAUAGGUACAUUGAUCAUGACUCGCAGAUGACCCCUAUUGAUUUUCAGGUCACUAGGUCAAAGGUCAAGGUCACGGUGACUCAACUUAGAAAAAUGGUUUCCGGAUGAUAACUCAAGAACGCUUAUGCCUAGGAUCAUGAAACUUCAUAGGUACAUUGAUCAUGACUCGCAGAUGACCCAUAUUGACUUUCAGGUCACUAGGUCAAAGGUCACGGUGACUUGACACAGUUAAAUGGUUCAGGAUGAUAAAUCAAGAAAACUUACGCCUAGGAUCAUGAAACUUUAUAGGUAUAUUUAUCAUGACUCGCAGAUGGCCCCUAUUGAUUUUCAGGUCACUAGGUCAAAGGUCAAGGUCACAGUGCCAAAAAACGUAUUCACACAAUUUCUGCCACUACAACUGACAGCCCAUAUGGGGGGCAUGCAUGUUUUUCAAACAGCCCUUGUUUUAAUUUAUAUUGAAAUAUAUGUUUAAUAAGUUUUUUUUUACACAUUUUAUAUAAAUUAUAAGCUAUUUGACAAAAUCGUAUAAUCUCGCUUUAAACUAAACUGAUCAUAACGCAGAUGCUGGUUAAUAUUUGGGUUGUAGUAUGUUUUGUGAAUAUUAUAUUGUAAAAUAUAUAUUUAGUUAUUUAUUUGAUUAAUAAAUUGUUACUACACACAUAAAA